AUGUCAAACACGGGAGGUCGGAGACUGAAGCAGUGGCUGAUGGAGCAGAUCCAGAGCGGGCAGUACUCUGGACUGCAAUGGGAGGAUGAAAGCCGCACUUUGUUCCGAAUUCCAUGGAAACACGCAGGGAAACAGGAUUACAACCAAGAAGUAGACGCAUCAAUUUUUAAGGCUUGGGCUGUGUUUAAAGGCAAGUUUAAGGAGGGGGACAAGGCUGAACCUGCAACAUGGAAGACCAGACUCCGCUGUGCCCUGAAUAAGAGCCCUGACUUUGAGGAGGUAACAGAAAGGUCACAGCUGGACAUCUCUGAACCCUAUAAAGUCUAUCGCAUUGUACCCGAGGAGGAGCAGAAGAAUGGCAAAAGCUCAGUGAUGCCCAUGGCAGUUACCACCAGCUCUGGUGAUAUCACUGACAUGGACUGCAGCCCUGCAGAACUAGAGGAGCUCAUUAAAGAGGAGGAAGGCUGUAGUAUCCAGGCCAGUCCAGAGUAUUGGUCCCAGGGCAGCAUGAAUGCUUUCCCACUGCAUCAGGACCCUUUGCCAUCAGGCUCUCUCAGCUCAGCUUUCUCCCAAAUGAUGAUCAGUUUCUACUAUGGAGGAAAGCUGAUGCACACCACUUUGGUUAAUCAAUCUGAAGGCUGCCGAAUCUCCCCACAACAGCAUCUGGGCCGUGGUGCCCUGUACAGUUCAGAAAGCAUGCAGAGUGUUCAUUUCCCCCCUGCUGAGCUCAUCGAGUACGACCGCCAACGCCAUGUCACUCGCAAGCUCCUGGGCCACCUGGAGAGAGGUGUACUUGUCCGUGCCAACCAAGAGGGCAUCUUCAUUAAAAGGCUGUGCCAGAGCCGUGUCUUCUGGAGCGGGCAGGCAGAAGUGGGCUCACAAUACAGCCCCAUGCCUUGUAAGCUUGAGAGGGAUGCUGUAAUCAAGAUUUUUGACACAGGAAGGUUUCUUCAAGCUCUUCAGCUGUACCAGGAGGGUCAGUUUCCUGCUCCUGAUCCGACAGUGACUCUGUGUUUUGGAGAGGAGCUCCAUGAUCUCAGCAAUGCCAAGAGCAAACUGAUCAUUGUGCAGAUCAGUGUGGUCAACUGCCAGCAACUGCUGGAUGCUGUAAAUAUGCGGCGCUCCCAGCCCUUCUGCAACAACCCAAACCUGGAGAUGUCUGAUACUGUGGCCAGUGACCAGAUGGCCCGCAUCUAUCAGGACUUGUGCAGCUACAGUGGCACCCAGAGGCCACCUUGCUACAGGGACAACAUGCCCAUCACUGCCUGAACUGUGAGCAGUGACACACCUGCCAAGAGCUCCUCAGCGUCACAAUUAGUUUUAGCUGUUUAAACUGAUAAGAUAACUGAUAUGAAUACAAGGAGUACAAGCUCAUUAUUAAGAUGUCCCCUAAUAUUUUGUAUAUCAGCAAUGUUUAUAUUUGUAUACGUACAGUGCUAACACAAACUCUGUGUCUAACCUCUGCUUUAUAAGUACACAAGAACAUAAUCAUCCAGCUCAGGAGCAAAAGUAGCAUAUGAUUUUCAUAUAUUACACACAAUUCAAGUGUUGUAAAGCCUUAAGAACAAAUUUAUUCUGCUGUCUUCUAUAACAAAUAUUUCUUAUACCUUUAUAGACUCUUACUGAAAUUGUAGUAUGACAACAGUUUGAUAUAUGAAAGUAUUUUAGUUCUCAGAACUGGAUUCUAUUUUGACAUGCAUCAUAUUUUUUAUCAGAUGAGAUAUUUUUUGUUUUUUACAGUAAAUGAAAACAAUCUUUUUAAAAAAUGAUGUAAAUUGUGUGGAAUUUAGAUGCAAAGUGGCAUUAUAUUACAGAUAGGUUUUACUAUCAGGCUGUUUUACUUGACCUUCAUCAUUUUUUAUAAACUGCAUGUCUAGUAAAGCAUUUUUUUGUACUCAA